UGAAACUAACAACUCAGACGGUUUGGAGUCAAGACUCGGCACACUCUGUCCUGGAGACGGAGCGCCAUUUGGUGAAAAUGUUGCGGCCGUUUUUUCUCCUCACCCUGGCCUUCGUCUUCUGCUGCUGCCCCGGCGUCGCCGAUGUGGGCGACUUCGCUCCAUGUCUGGAGUUUUUCUACAGCUCCUGGCCUCCAAAAGGUUUAGCAGGGACACCGAUCUGCCAGCGUUACAACAACCGCUACCAGUUUGCCACAUUGUACAGUCGACCUCGCCGCUCUCCAUGGUUCUCUGCCUACACGUACUCAGCGCCUACAGGAAAGAGGCCUUCGUCUACCUGGAAGUUUGAGCCUCAGUUGGCCCACCCAGAAGCUAAUGGAAACAUGAUCCCCUUUCCACCCGGGCCUUUGGACCAGAACGUGGUGGAGAGCCAGGCAGUGAACCCGGACUACAUCAACUCCAGCUACACCCGCGGCCAUUUGAACCCCAGCCUGCACCAUCACACCCACGAGGGCCGCUCCUCCACCUUCACCCUCACCAACGUGGUUCCUCAGAAGAGCGGGUCCAACCGCGGCCCCUGGGAGGAUCUGGAGCAGACAGUCAACCAGACCCUAGCGGCUUACUGUCUCGGACCGGCCUACGUAGUGACCGGUGUCAUCCCGUACCGCAGCGAUGAGCACUGGCUCAAAAACCAUCGGGUGGCUGUGCCAGAAUACAUGUGGUCUGCAUAUUGCUGUCCAAAGUACAACACAGGUCUUCCCGAUCAUCUGAAAACUCACUUUCCCACGUUUGCAGCCGUCGGACGCAACGACCCCAACAGCACCGAGGAGAUUGUUCCGGUCAACAAGACAGCAAAGAAACAGUUCAGAGGGUACGAUGUGAGAGCGAUGCCUCUGGAAACGCUUGAAAUGUACCUGAAAGACAGAUUCAACACCGUCAUCCAAGUUUUCUAUGAACAGUGCACCACAUCAGACUGAUUUGGAAAAUACUAGGAGGAGUUUUCUAGGAGUUUUUGGACACAGAUGAGUCCAAGUCGAGUGACAAGUCUUUGGCUGCAAUUUCCAAGUCACUUCCUGAGACUUGUAGUUAAAAUGAAUAUUUCUUGUCACAAAUAUUCAGGAAACUACUUUAAGCAACUUGUCCUGGAGGGGGGGGGGGGCAUGGUAACAGGCAGUUCUUGUUUCUGUAUUCACAGUGCAAAAAAGUUGUAAAGAGAACUUUUAUAUUUUUUAGCUCACAGCAAAUUCCAGAGAUUAAAUAAAAAUGAGAAGAAAC